GGGGGUGACCCGGCUGCUGCUCCCUGUUUGUGUUGGCUCUACUGAUGCGGGCCGGCGGAGAGGACGCCGGUGCCGGGAAGAGGCGCGACACCACUGCCGCCGAAGUAAUUGCGGCCUGCGUCCGGAACUGAAACCCUACUCGUUAAACAAGAAUUCCUUUUUGCCCCGUUCCUCCAGCCCCCUGUACCCAUCAUUCUACUCUAGAUACCUCGUGUAAGACCAUGAAUUAUGGCAUUUCUUAAAUGAAGCAUUCAGGAAUGAAGUGAAAAUCAUAACAUAGAAAAUAAGUGAUUUUUAAGUUAUGUCUAUUCAUUUGACUAUAGAUCUAUAUUAUAUUUACCUCCUUAGUAAUGCAAGAAGUCUUUGUGGGAAGCAGAGAAGCAAGGAGCUGCAUUUCUUAUGCUCACCUAAACAUUACUGGAGGAUAAGUCACAUCAGUCUCCAAAGAGGUUUUCAUACAAGCAAAAUAAGAUGGAAAUGGACCAAAAGUGAAGCACAUUCUCGCAGUAAGCACUAUUACUCUCCAAGCAACCAUGGUGUACAUAUUGGAAUUUUGCACCUUAGCACUUCUGCUCCCAAGGGACUUACGAAAGUGAGCCUUCGUAUGUCCCGUAUCAAAAGCACUUUGAACUCCGUUUCAAAGGCUGUUUGGGGCAAGCAGAAUGAAAUGAUCUCUCGUUUAGCUCAACUGAAGCCAAGUUCUCGGAUAUUAAGAAAAGUAUCAGAUGGUGGCUGGUUAAAACAGAGAAACGUUAAACAAACCAUCAAAUUUCUGAAAAAAUAUAGCGACACAUCAGCAGAGAAGAGUUCUUUUCCAGCAAAAGAUAAUCACAUGUUAGAGAAAGAAGAUACAGGUAAAAAAAGCCUUUUUCAUUAUGCAAGUAGUCUAACCACGAAAUUUGAAGAGUCAUUCUACUUUUUAUCCAAUCAUAUUAAUUCAUACUUCAAGUGUGAGGAAAAAAUGCCUCAAAAACAGGAAAGUAAACACUCCCAGGACAAAUCAGAACUUGAACUUAAAAAGGUCGAAGAAGAGAAACCCAGUUCUCUAGAUGCUAGUGUCCUGACUGACAAGCAGCAAGGCUCGGAAGCUGUGUGUGCCCUGGACAAGCCUGGAAGUCCCAGUGAGACACCUGAGGUUCUCCGGGUUUCUACUAAGCAGUGUAUUGCUAACUUUUUUUCUCGUCCCACUGAAGGUGUCCAGGCUUUAGUAGGUGGUUAUAUCGGUGGCCUUGUCCCCAAACUAAAGUAUGAUGCCAAGAGUCAGUCCGAAGAGCAGGAAGAGGUAUUGAAAGCUGAGCAGGCUGUCAGCGGAGACAGAAGCACAGAGGAGAAAAGGCGGCUGUCUCUUCAGCGAGAAAAGAUUAUUGCCAGAGUGAGUAUUGACAACAGAACCCGGGCAUUAGUCCAAGCGUUAAGAAGAACAGCUGACCCAAGGCUCUGCAUUACCAGGGUUGAAGAACUGACUUUCCAUCUUCUAGAAUUUCCUGAAGGAAAAGGAGUGGCUGUCAGGGAAAAAAUUAUUCCAUAUUUACUACGAUUGAGACAAAUUAAGGAUGAAACUCUUCAGGCGGCAGUUAGAGAAAUUUUGGCCUUAAUUGGCUAUGUGGAUCCAGUGAAAGGAAGAGGAAUCCGGAUUCUCUCAAUUGAUGGUGGAGGAAUAAGGGGUGUGGUUGCUCUUCAGACACUACGAAAAUUAGUUGAACUUACUCAGAAGCCAGUGCAUCAACUCUUUGAUUACAUUUGUGGUGUAAGCACAGGUGCUAUAUUAGCAUUCAUGUUGGGAUUGUUUCACAUGCCCCUGGAUGAAUGUGAGGAACUUUAUCGAAAAUUAGGAUCAGAUGUGUUUUCACAAAAUGUCAUCGUUGGAACAGUCAAAAUGAGUUGGAGCCAUGCAUUUUAUGACAGUCAAACAUGGGAAAACAUUCUUAAGGAUAGAAUGGGAUCUUCACUAAUGAUUGAAACAGCAAGAAACCCCACAUGUCCUAAGGUAGCUGCAGUAAGUACCAUAGUGAACAGAGGGAUAACGCCAAAAGCUUUCGUGUUCAGAAACUAUGGUCACUUUCCUGGAGUCAACUCUCACUAUCUGGGAGGCUGUCACUAUAAAAUGUGGCAGGCCAUUAGGGCCUCAUCUGCUGCUCCAGGCUACUUUGCAGAAUAUGCCUUGGGAAAUGAUCUUCAUCAAGAUGGAGGUCUGCUUCUGAAUAACCCUUCAGCACUAGCAAUGCACGAGUGUAAAUGUCUUUGGCCAGACGUGCCGUUAGAGUGCAUAGUGUCCUUGGGCACCGGACGUUACGAGAGCGACGUGAGAAACACCACAACGUACACCAGCCUGAAAACCAAACUGUCUAAUGUCAUCAACAGUGCUACGGACACAGAAGAAGUCCACGUAAUGCUUGAUGGUCUCUUACCUCCUGACACCUAUUUUAGAUUUAAUCCUGUAAUGUGUGAAAACAUACCUCUAGAUGAAAGUCGAAAUGAAAAGCUGAAUCAGCUGCAGCUGGAAGGGUUGAAGUACAUAGAAAGAAAUGAAGAGAAAAUGAAAAAACUUGCAAAAAUAUUAAGUCAAGAAAAAACAACUCUGCAGAAAAUUAAUGAUUGGAUAAAACUAAAAACUGACAUGUAUGAAGGCCUUCCAUUCUUUUCAAAGUUGUGACGAAUGUGUGCGUAUAGUCUCAUAACUGAAUGCCUGUCCAGAAGAUCCACAGAAUUCAAUGAGGAAUUGUGGAGUUCAGCCUGACUUACCUUUGAAAUGCUAAUGAAUUCUGAGGGAUCCUGAAAAGACAGUGUUCAGACCAGCUCGCACAGUACAGAGAGGGUGUGUCUGAUUACAGAAUUCAUAUGGGAAUUAGGUUUUUAUGAUGUUAAUAAUUAACUGUGCUUUAGGAAUCUCACUGUGCUAGUUGGUUUUAGUACAUAUCGGUGUUGCAUUGUUGAUGUUUGAGAAUUUAUUAAUAUAUGUGCCAAACAAGCACUGAGAACUAGCAUAUUUGAUAUUUUUUACUUUAGUCACCGUAAUCAUGUUAAAUUUAUUUGAUCAUUGAUUUUCUUUCAUGUGAAAGAGCAUGAAUUGUCUUCAAUUAAUUCAUCUCUUUAAACAUCACCUAGGUUUUCACAAGCUACAUUCUAUGAUCCACAUGUUGCCGUCUACUAUUGUAUUGUCUAAACCGAUGCAGAAAAAUGGUAUUCUAUCAAAGAACUUUUACACUGAAAUAUGAAAGAACCAGAUUUAGUUUUCUAUUAUUCAAAAUAUGUUUAUUCCAACAUUAUUUGGUUCAAAAAGAUAGGUGAAGUUCUCAUCAUCCACUUUUCCCACCUUAAAUUUCAAGAUAAUGCAAGAUAAUGCUGUAUGUUAACUUCUCUAGCUAUAGCUUAUCAUUCACUGUUAUGAAAUUAAUUAUUUGAAUUUAUUGAGAAAAUACCCCUAUCAUUAACAAAAAUAAACAAUGGAAAUGACC